CAAGUUCGUUCACUCAUCUCAUUCAGUUGAUCAACAACGCGCUGUUGACCAAUUUCAAUUCCAAUCAGUUCGAUCGCGGCCGCUGUCUCUGUCGGUUCUCACGUGUUACCUUGUGUGUUGCUAAACAAACAAAUAAUCAUGCCUAGCCUGAUCUUCGACAAGUGCUGCGGCUGCAUCGACCUGAAGACAGGAUGCUUCAUCAUCGGCUACCUGGAGCUGGUGGGAGAGAUAAUCUUCAGCAUCCUGAUCCUGAUCUCCGUAAUGGCUGGUGGGAUGGCCAUCAGCUCUGAUGACAAGGAACUGAAACAAGUGGGAGUGGGACUCCUGGUCAUUUCGAUCAUCUUGCUGCUGGCUCUGGCUCUGUUACUGGCUUUCACCAUCACGCUGCUCGUUGGUCUACACAAGAACAAGCGCGGUCACGUGAAGGCGUACCUGAUCUAUUCCGCCAUUUUCUUCGUAAUCGCCGUGAUCAUGUUCUUCUCUGGCCUCAGCCAGGGCCCUCCCGUCUCCAACAUCAUCUCCCACAUCGUCGGCUUGGUGAUCCACCUGUACUUCCUCCUGGUGAUCAGAAGCCACUACCACAAGAUGGACGACGCGAGCAAGGGCGCCAUCUACAACACGGCCUAAACUACCUCAAACUUGUUUGGUGUCUAGGUGGGGCCUAGACUAGUUGUUAAACGCCAAUCAAAACUAACAUCGCGAGCUGUCAUAUUAGCACAAAACUGGAUAGUAAAACUAAAGUGAAAGGGCUGAGUGGACGCUCGGAGCGAGCGUUCGUCCACGCUAUGCAGCAGCGUCGACUCAGGACACUUCUAUGAGCUUCAAUUGUUUGACAUGCACGCCGCACGUCGCGCCCCGCUCCACGUCCAAUAUGAGUAAUCUCAGGCCUUACCCAAUCCAGUACAUGUUUUUCGAUAGUAUCUCGCCGCGAGAGUCAUACGUUUUUUUGACGUAAAGACGGGUAGUCUGUCUCGCACCAAUCAUGUGCUAGCCCCGCAGCAGACAGAGCUCACUCCUUUGAACAGCAUGCUUGUAAAGACACGUCAUUGUAAACGUUGUUGUAUACAUGCACGUAGGUAGUUUGAUAUUGAACUGUAUGCGCGUUGUUCCAAAGUCUUUGGCGGUCAAAAAUAAUGGGGUAGAAGUAAUGGUAUACUAUGGGCUUCGCGAUUUUUAAGAUUGGUGUUGUACCUAUACAAUGUCUAGGGCCCUUGAUGUUAAUCCCACGCGGCUAAAUAAAUGUUGCUUAUGCCCAUAAAAAUAAGUUAGAUUAAGGAAUACUUUUAUAUUUGUAUUUUUUUAAAGAAUUCACUUUGAGUUCAUGAUUUUUUGCAUUUUUAGAUAAGUUUUUCUUUCUCACAUUUGUAUCUCAAUUUCGACAUUUUUUUUUCUUUUCAUUAAAACUUGACGCAACGUUUCUUGAUAUUAGCAGUGUUAGUGUUGUGUCCGCCUAGGUUACUACAUAAACAUACUUUGUGACUCUAAAUUCGAAUAUAAAAAUGAUUAUUAUGGAACGGUAUGUGGUUUAUAAAGUGCCUGGAAAGAUCUCGAAUGGUGCCUGUAAGAGGUAUGCCUUAGUAAGGUAGGAUCGUAAGUAGAUUGAAAAAAAAAAUGAGACUGGAAAGAAACAAAGCCUAUUUGAAGACAAAAAUAUGAAAAAUUUUAAAAAAAAUACACAACCUGAAACCCUCUUUAAAAAAUAUAACGGCAUUUAUUCAAAAUGUUAAAAAUACAAGUGUUAGUUCUAAGAUAAAUGUUUUAUAAAUGUUUUCAGUCUUUUCGAGUAGAUAUUUAGCUUAUACGAGUAGUUAAGUGUCAGAUGCGCCUAAAUGUUAUUAUGUCAUAAUAAUAAUUAUAACAUUUAUAACUUAAAUACUUCAGACUGUUCAGAAAAUAGGUGUUAUUGAUGUUGAUAUUUACCUACCUAUUGAAAUAUCGAUCUAAAAACCAAAUUGAGGUCAUUUAAAAAACAUAAUAGUUAAGAACCUUACAAUCGCUAAUAUUAUAUUUGAUACUUAUAGAAAUUAUUAUAAUAUGUGGUUAAAUAUUGACAGCUUUAUUAAACAGAAUGACUAUAAAAUUCGACUUGAUUAAAAUAUGUUAUAGUCAAUUCUAUUUUUAUGUAAUUACAAUAUAAACAAGUACAUAUGAAACGAAGUACCUAUGGUUAUCUAUACUUUUUCGAUGUCUUUACAGUUUUCGAGGCUGAUCCGAGCAUUUACAAAAAUUG